AUGUCUGCCUCCACCAUCUCCAGACAGUUCGCCCGCGCUGCCCUGCGCACCGGUGCCCGCAACACCUUUGCGACCUCGUCCCGCCAGGCCUUCCGCCAGAGCGGCCGCCGCGCCUACUCCUCGGAGCCUCCCAAGCAGUCGAGCUCGUCGCCGCUGCUCUACAUUGCCGCUGCCGCCGCCGCCGCCGCCGGUGGCUACUACGCCUUCACCCAGUCCUCGACCCCCAAGGUCUUCGUCCCCACCAAGGACGACUACCAGAAGGUCUACAACGAGAUCGCCGGCCGCCUCGAGGAGAAGGACGACUAUGAUGAUGGCAGUUACGGCCCCGUCCUGGUCCGCCUCGCCUGGCACGCCAGCGGCACCUACGACAAGGAGACCAAGACCGGUGGCAGCAAUGGCGCCACCAUGAGAUUCGCCCCCGAGUCCGACCACGGUGCCAACGCUGGCCUGAAGCACGCUCGGGACUUCCUCGAGCCCGUCAAGGCAAAGUUCCCUUGGAUCACCUACUCUGAUCUCUGGACCUUGGCCGGUGUCUGCGCCCUGCAGGAGAUGCAGGGCCCAGUCAUCCCCUGGCGCCCGGGCCGUGCCGACGGAGAUGUGGCUGCCUGCACUCCUGACGGACGUCUGCCCGAUGCCUCCAAGGGCUCCAGCCACCUUCGUGACAUCUUCUACCGCAUGGGCUUCAACGACCAGGAGAUCGUCGCCCUUGCCGGUGCCCACGCCCUGGGCCGGUGCCACACUGACCGCUCCGGCUUCGACGGUCCCUGGACCUUCUCCCCCACCGUCCUCACCAACGACUACUUCACCCUCCUCCUGAGCGAGAAGUGGUCCUACCGCAAGUGGGACGGCCCCCAGCAGUUCCAGGACAAGGGCAAGACCCUCAUGAUGUUGCCCGCCGACAUUGCCCUCAUCCAGGACAAGGCCAUGAAGCCCUGGGUCCAGAAGUACGCCGCCGACAACGACGCCUUCUUCAAGGACUUCAGCGCCGUCAUCGUCAAGCUGUUCGAGCUCGGCGUCCCCUUCAAGGAGGGUACCGAGCCCAUCGCCUUCAAGCCCACCAACGCUUAA